AUGAAUGCUUUGAAUGGCAUAUUUAAAGACUUGAAACCAUGGCCUUUUCAUGGUAACAUCUACACAUUAUGUGGACAAAUCGCUUUUGUAGACGAUUCAUCGAAACUCUAUGAAUUGGACUAUGUAACCUUGUCGGGUAUCAAUUGUUUAUAUCAAGUAAAUAAAAAGUCAAAUAGAAACGACAAACCUUACUGGUUAACUUGUACAAUAGCAGAUUCAUCAAAUAAUAUGGAAAAUUCAAAUGAAUUAAAUAAUUUAUUUGCUAAUUGGAUUAGAGAAACAACAGCUAAAUAUGAGAAACCUAGAGAACUUAUAAAAAGAUCAGAUUUAACUGAAGAAGACUUCAAUAAAAUUCAUGAAAGGUAUCAUUUAUAUCCUCUUCCACAAGGUUGGUACUAUACUGGAACAUAUUAUGUUAACAUGGAUGGAGAAAAAUUGUUUCAACAUCCAAGUAUUAAUCAAUUUAUCGAAGAAUAUAUUGAAGGAGAAAACACCAAGAUUGAAGCGAGGAAUGCUCGAUUACGCUGUCAUCCUGUGCCUGACUUGUUCAGUUAG